UAGCGUUAUUCGUACAGGGCUCAUAGUGCCGGGACCCACCUCCCGUGUUACCACUAGAUAGGCCAAGCCAACAACCAGCAAGCACCGCCUUCUCAAUAUUCCUCUUAGGGGAGUUUCGUUUAACUAGGUACCUACACCGCAGAUUCUCUUCGUUUACCUAGUACCUUCUAUUUCUACUUUGGAACCAUUUUUCCAUUUUAGCAUAUUUAUUUCAGAUUGUUCAUCACGUCCUGGAAUGUCUACUUCAAAGGUAGUAGAAGCGCCUAAGAGCGCGGAACCUUCCAUUCUCGAAGAGAAAAAGGAGUCCGGUACACUGAAGACACCGCUUCCAACCCCUACUUCAACCAGCAGCGUACCGGAGAAGCCGGCUCUCACUGCCAGCCAACAAACCAAAUAUGAAUGGCUUCUAAAACAAAUACAGGGCUGGACUGAGGUACCGUCCAAGGAAAAGCCCGGCCCUUUGACUGACAGCGAGAAGAUGUGGCUCACGAGGGAAUGUCUUCUGAGAUAUCUCAGGGCCACCAAGUGGCAUGAGAAGGAAGCAGAGAAGCGCCUACAAGAGACCCUUGCCUGGCGAAGGGAAUACGGAGUCGAGGAGUUGAGUGCAGACCAAAUCGGGCCUGAGAACGAGACUGGGAAACAAAUCUUGUUAGGCUAUGACAAGCACUGCCGUCCCUGCCAUUACCUGAGCCCAGGCCGCCAAAACACGGAUGUCUCUCCUCGACAGGUCCAGCACCUUGUUUUCAUGCUUGAGCGAGUCAUUGAACUUAUGCCUGCUCAGCAAGAAACACUCAGCCUUCUCAUAAAUUUCAAAUCGGGCAAAAACCGCACAAAUACUGCUCCCGGCAUUGGCCAGGGCCGCGAGGUCCUACACAUUCUUCAAACGCAUUAUCCCGAGAGGCUCGGGAGAGCGAUGAUUAUCAAUGUUCCAUGGGUUGUAUGGGGUUUCUUCAAGCUUAUAACGCCUUUCAUCGACCCGUUGACGAGAGAGAAGCUCAAGUUCAACGAGGACAUGACGCAGUUUGUACCAAAGGAGCAACUCUGGUCGGAAUUUCCGGGAGGCGAGCUGCAGUUUGAGUACAACCACGAGGUGUACUGGCCCGCGUUGCAGAAGCUAUGUGCUGAAAAACGAGCCGAGAAGGUGAGGAGAUGGGAAGCCGGAGGCAAACAGAUCGGUGAGAAAGAGGACUACCUCAAGGGUCACGACGCUCAAGGAGUGUCACCGCCACCCGGUUACUCUAGUGAAGCAAACAAUUAGAAUGGCGUUACAGCAUAGGCAAGUAGGAAGCCUCGUGAGUGGAGACAAUUCGAAUAUGUGUACCUAUACAGUGAGGGUUCGAGACUUAGCAUAUAAUGGAAAAGAUGCAAGUUAUAGACUGAGGGAUAAUAGGAAGCCGUGUCAAUAUUAACAAAUGCUUUUGUAUCUACCUACCAGAUUAAUUUAUGAGAUGGCUCUUAUACUAUUCCUGUACUAAAUCAUACGCGUUUUAUGCAUUGAGUUUGGA